AUGGUAAGGGACAACAAAUGUUGUAUACAAAACUGUCCAGGGUUACAUAAAUCUAGGUUUAGCGUCCCACAACGUUACUUCAAUGAAUGGCAAGAAGAAAUCGGAACAUUUUUAACCAAAAGAUCAAGAAUUUGUGGAGCUCAUUUUUCUAAAAAUGAUAUUCACGAUACUUGGAUUUUCGGUGAAGGGUCAAAUCAGUAUUCGGUAAGUUAUUUUGAUAGAGAAAUGAAAAAGAACAAGAGGAAAAUUCUUCUUCUUAUCGACAACUGCACUCCACAUAAUGCACCACCAAAAUUGGAUAACAUUCGUGUGGAAUAUUUCCCACCUAACUGCACAGCUGUACUUCAACCUCUCGACCAAGGUAUCAUCAGAGCUGUAAAAUCACGCUACAGAACCUUUUUGUUGCGUCAAAUUGUAUGCGAUUUGGAGAAAAAUAUCCAAAGAAAAUGCAAUGUGAAGGAAGCUAUCGAAUGGAUAUGCGGAGCUUGGGAUGAUAUCAGUCAAUCAACAAUAACUAACUGUUGGAAACAUGCAGCCAAAGACGCCAAUUCUGUUUCAAAAACGUCGCUUUCUGACGACGUGAAUUUAGAAGAUUAUCUCGGUGCAGAUGACAACGUUUCAACAUGUUAUGAACUAACCGAAGUAGAUAUCGUUCAAUCCAUUAAAGACAGCAAAGAUGAGGCCACCGAUGAAAGUAGUGGAGACGAAGACGAAGAAGCUGUGAUGGGAAAUUAUGUGCGCAAUGUCACUUCAUCAGAAGCCUUAUCAAGUUUGGAAGUAAUGCGAACAUUCAUUACAUCACAGAGUGAUGUACUAGACUUCAUCUUUACAAACAUUCACCAACUACAAAAUUAUUUACUUUCUAUUAAAACAGCAAACCUUCUUCAAAAGAAAAUUGUUGAUUAUCUAUAA